AAAUCGCACGCACGUCAUUCGCAUGCUGAUUGUCAUGACCCAUUCUAAUCAUCGUGUUAUUACAUUAAAAUUCGUUCAAGGAGUUGUAUUCUUAUUCUGACGUCGGCAAUCCGCAUCAUCAACUCCAGUCCAUGGUAGCAAAAUGGCAAAUUUGGAACUGAAUCUUUUACUAAUCUCUUAAACGAAUUUCCCUCAUCAGUUGUAAUUUCUUUGAGAAAACAAAAUGGCGGCUCGUUAUCCCGAUGGAGUCGAGGGUUUAGAAGCAGAAUCAAAUAGUCAAGUUGAUGGUGCAACUGUUGGACUCAGUGAUAAGGAAAUCCUCAACAUCGCAGAAUCUAUCUCUGAUGAGAUGAAUAUUCGUCGCCUCGGUAUUGAACUUGGGUUCAAGUGGGCCAAAGUAGACCAAUUCCUAAAGACGAAUAGGAGUGGUGGAGACGUUACGUCCAAGGGAACUCAGAAUAUGCUCAGUAGCUGGAGAAACAAUACUAGGGCAGCAGAACAGCGAACCAAAAUGAGAAAAGCGUUGGUUGAGGCGGAGUUGACUGCUGUGGCGGAGAAGUAUCUGCUCCUAGAUCCCGAACCGUCAUCAGCGAUGACUGCUCAAGAGGUGAAACAAUGCCAACAGGACCUUAUUCAGUACUAUCUUGAAGACGCUUGCAAGAUUAAGACGUCUCCACUCGAUCCAGACAACUACGUGGAGCUUGACCAGAUAUUCAUAAAUCUUAUGAUGGAAAAGAAACAAAAUCAACCAGGAACAGCAACAAAGGAGCCAGUGGCGUACGAUGACAUCAUGAGGCUUCCAUCCAAGAGGGUAAUGAUUGUAGGAGAAGCUGGAGUUGGAAAAACAACCAUAUGUGCAAAGAUGGCUCACGACUGGGCAAGGGGGCAGCACUUCAAGAACAUCAAGCUCUUGUUGUUUAUUCUCCUCUGCGAAGUGACGGAUCAGAAGACCCUUGGGGAAAUUGUCAAGGAUCGACUUUCUGAUAGCAAUGACGUGAAAGAAAAGCAGAUUGAUGAGUACGCCCGAACCAAUCCAGAGAAAGUCCUCAUUCUCAUGGACGGAUUGGAUGAAUUCAACGGCAAGGCCAAGAUCAUCACGGAGAUCCUCGAGGCGACCAAACUCAAAUCCUGCCAGGUUAUCGUCACAGCCCGCCCUUGCGAAGUCGAGAAGAUAAGCACCAAGGACAGACUGAGCAAAAUCUAUACACGCAUCCACGUUGAAGGGUUCAGCAAGGCUCAAAUCCAGAACUACGUUAGAAAGUUCUUCGACAAGAAUGACCCUAAGGCUGGCGAGAGUCUCCUACACUUCAUACAAGAGAAGGGCGGCGUUAUCUCUGAGACCAUAGCAUCCUAUCCAAUAUACUGUACACUGCUUUGCCAUUUGUGGAAUGACGAAAAGCGACGAGAUGCAAUCAGGAAGUUUCAGACCUUCUUUCAGAUCUUCGAUGAAAUGGUGUAUCAGCUGAAAGAACACCACUCAUCAAAGACCAUAGGUGAUGGAGAAGAUCUUGACUUCACAAAGGUUGACGCUUGUUUCGAGGUUCUCGGGAAAAUAGCCUUCACGGGACUUGUAGACAAGCAGAUGAUCUUUGACAAAGGGAGCUUCAAGACCGGCGAUCUAACCUUGGCAUACGAAGUGGGAAUACUCAGUACAAAGGGUAAGAGGCUAGCACCACGAGCUAUGAGGAGGAAGACGGGUAAACGAUUUGUCGAAGAAGUCUUCUUCCCACACAAACUCCUGCAGGAGUUCAUGGCAAGCAUUCAUCUCUCCUCGUGCCAUAAAGAAAGUCCUGAUAAAUUCAAGAAGAUGCUGAAGAAGAACAUGCUGGACAAUUAUAUGGAGUUCAGGUAUGUCUUCUACUUCACUGCCGCACAGGGGUCAGAGAUUGGACGAGAUACUCUGAAGCUACUUAGGAGGGGAAGAGUUCAUGAAGACUUCAUUGUCGACACCGCCUUCGAGUGUCAAGACAAGGAAAUGACCCAACCGUUCAUCGAGAAGCUCCUUGUCAGAGAUCCAGCAGUACAGCUGACGGAUUACAUGAAACCCCACACGGUCACCGCGUACCUCUACGCUAUGGACACGUUCGAUGAUUUGGGGAAGUUGACCUACAAGAAGACACGACUAAGUAAGACAGCCUCACACCAAGCCGCUGAAACGACAUUCAAGGCAACGAAUAUCCACGAGCUCAAUCUCAGCGAAGCAAACUUUCAGGAAGACUUCUACGUGGUCAUGGCCGACAUGUCCGCAUCUUCGCAGAUUCAAAAGAUUACUCAUCGGGAUAGUAAAUUGAGCAAAGACGACUCGUUGAGGUACGCGAUUGGACUCUGCAAGAUGCCCUGUUUAACUGAACUAGAACUGAUCAGUGUGUACGUGUAUCCUUCGUUCUACGGCCCUUUUGCGGACCCAGAGAGCAAAUGCCAGAUCAAGAAGAUGUCAUUAAGUCGACAGGCCUUCAACAAAGCUACAUUCAGGGCGCUCGUUAAAACGCCCUCUUUGACAUCACUCAAAUUGGAUCGUCUCAUGGUCCUAUCACGUGAAGAUGCCGGAGAAUCGGCUACCAAGGCAGCCAAAGGGACUAGUCAUGUGACCGAGCUAGAGAUCGAUGACAAAACUCUACUUGCAUCAGGUGCUCUUGGUUUACAGGAGUCGUGCUCACGUGUCACCAAAAUCAUACUACACUGUUCAGGUCAUGAACUAACAAAGGACGUGAUAAAAUGUCUCGAGUUCCCUCUCCUCACCAACCUCCAUCUCGAGGGUUCGACCACAGAAGAUACUAUCUUGGAAGAGUCGACAUCGAUCUGCGGGUCAUUAAUGGAACGGUGGCCCGCCCUCACAAGUCUCAUAGUAUCGAAAAUCCUCAUCGACGACGCACAGGCGGAGAACAUCCUAAAGACUGUGAAACGACAUCGCUCUCUCAAGAAACUCAAGUUCCACAAGUGUUUCGAUGACGAUGAAUUCAUCGAUGAACUUUGCGCCGAUAUUAGAAAGAAAGGUAUCAUUGAACUUGACAUUGAGAACAUAAACGAUGAUGAAAUGUUGGACUAUGACGAGGAAGAGUACGAAUACUCGCGGCGUGAGUCUUUUGAUUUAGAAGGCUUCGAAGAUUUUGAAGAUUCCGAAGAAUCCGAAGAGAGCCAUGACAGAGACCACGAAGAUUUUGAAGAUUCCGAAGAGAGCCAUGACAGAGACCACGAAGAUUUUGAAGAUUCCGAAGAGAGCCAUGACAGAGCCUUUAAUCGCUAUGAGGAGAAUUAUGAUGCAAUCGAGGAACGAAAUGAUGACGACGUCGACAGUGGCAUCGAAUCAAUGAUGACGACUUCAUUUCGAUAA